AUGCCAGAUGAUAUACCUUUGGGUCUGGCUAUAACUUCAUCCAUAAAUCUGCAUCUAAAUCUACAUCUGCAUCUGCAUUAUCUGUCAUCACCAUAUGGUCAAAACAAUAGUAGCUCUACGAAACGACGCCUACCUUUUGAAGAUGACCAAACCGUCCUACCACCAGCAUUAAGUUCAUAUGGAAUCCAGUGUUUUAAUGAACGAUCUAAAUCUUCCACUAAUAGAAACAAAGUGACAGGGAAAUAUGAAUUGGAUUUUCCAGAGGCAAAUAAACGAGACAAUACACUACGAAAUAAACUUGCAGUCCAUCUUACAAACAAUGAUUCAUCACUUGAGAUAUCCAAGUCAUUGACCCAUUUGACAAAUGAUAGAAUGACUGGUAUUACUUCUGCUACUUCUGCAACCACUGCUCCAGAAGUUAAAACUCCAUCAGAAAUUCGUGUCAAAAGAACUAGAAGAUUCGGUAAACUGUUGGGCCGUGCAAGAAGAAUCAGUGAAACAAACAAUCAUUCAUCAUCACCAAAUGCGGCAAAUAAUUUAGUUGAUAACAAUGAUACUCCUGGCGAUUCUUCAAAAAAUAGCAUACGUACAGAUGUCCAACAGCAAGCACCAAGUAUUGAUAGAUUUUCCCCUAGGUUAAGUGGACAUUUAUUGAGUCGAGAAGAUGAAGAAGACAUUAUGAAACGAGUAGAAGCAAGAAGACGGGAACUUCAGGAAAAGGAAAUAUUGUUGAAAAGAGAACAAGAAAAAGUGGCACAGGAAAUAUUAAUAAGAGAAACUGAACUUCCAGCUCUUCAAUCUCCAUUUGAGGAUAAGAAUUCUCGAGAGAAAGAUCAACCAAGAGUGCCUCUUCGUGAUAUUCCUGUGAAUCAAGUCGAUAGUUUCCGUAAACCAAAACUCCCAAAGUCAGUUUCACCCAAUUUGGUUCCGAAUCAAUCGCCGAGAGUUGGCGCCUCCCCUAUCCCCACCAAUCAACAGAACCAAAUUCCAUCAUCAAAUGCUGUUUCUGAGUCAAAUGUCUCGUCUAUACAGGCUGGUGUCUCUGCUUCCUCUACAAUAAUGGCUUCAGAUAGACCCCAGUCAUCACGAAAUAGAAGAGCAUUAGUUAUUAAUGGGAAACAGUACGAAAAGUUUGAGCUUCUUGGGAAAGGUGGUUCAUCAAAAGUGUACAGGGUAAAACUUUUAAGCAACAACUGUUUUUAUGCACUUAAAAAAGUUACCCUUGACAAUCAUGAAGAUAUCAAUGGGUUUCAAGGUGAAAUUGCAUUGCUUCAGAAAUUAAGGUCUUGCACAAGAGUAGUUAAACUUAUUGAUCAUGCAGUUACUGAGACAUCAAUUUAUCUUAUUAUGGAAAAGGGUGAUCUUGACCUUGCAGAAGUGUUACAUAAUAGAGCAAGACAUGGAGUGGCUUUUGAUGUUGAUUUUGUUAGAUAUCAUGUUCUUGAAAUGUUUAAAUGUCUCCGAGAAGUCCACGAUGCUGGCGUUGUGCACAGUGAUUUAAAACCAGCUAAUUUUUUAUUUGUCAAAGGGAUGUUGAAACUUAUUGAUUUUGGUAUUGCUAAUGCCGUCCCAGAUCACACAAUGAAUAUUUAUCGAGAGAAUCAAAUUGGGACACCAAAUUACAUGGCACCUGAAGCAAUAGGAGAAACAUCUGUGCGAAAUCUUUGGCGAGUUGGUAAACCAUCUGAUAUCUGGUCAAUUGGUUGCAUGCUUUAUCAAUUUGUCUACGGUAAACCCCCAUUUCAUGGUUAUUCUGGUCUGCAAAAGAUAAUAGCAAUUACCAACCCUCAAGUCAAGAUUCCAUUCCCAACUCAUGGAAUAGGUAAUGUUGCUGUUCCUCAUAGUGCUAUUGAAUUGAUGCAAAAUUGUUUACAUAGAAAUCCAGAUGAUCGUUGGACAAUCGAGCAGUGUCUUAAAAGCGAUUUCCUUCUGCCAAAAGUCGUUUCUGAAAAUUUCAUUAGAGAGAUAGUACACCAGAGUGUAAAUUAUGGUUAUAACAGCAGAAUCUCAGGAGAUAAUAUGACAAGUGAUAGUUAUGAUUCGCUUGUGAAUCUGGUUUUAAAGCGAUUGGAAGAUCUAAGAUAUUGUCAAUAG